AAUCAUUAUUCUCAUCAGCCCUGCUGUUGCUAUCUGCACGACUGUGAUCAUUUUAGUUGUCGUAAAUAUUAUCGGUCUCAUUUUUCAUUUUGACCCGUGAUUUCCCUCCCAUGAUGAGCAGACUCGUCCUGACAUCAUCCACGCUGCUGUUGUUGCUGUGCGUCUGGGUCACCGUAAGUCAAAGCAGUCCGGUGAGGUGCUGUACCAAAUAUUCAUCACAUCAGCUUCCUUUUCUCCGACUGAAAGACUUUACUCUGCAGGAUGCCACCAUGUUAUGCAACAUAGACGCAGUCAUUUUUACUACAGUGAAGAACAGACAGAUCUGUGCUAACCCUGAUGACUCAUGGGUUAAGAAAGCUAUUUCACAUAUCCAGAACACAAGAAAUUCAGUAUAAUGUGGACAGCGAUUAAUCUGUCUGUAACUUUGAGCUGAACAAACUGGGGGGGAAAUAGUAACUCAAACACCUUAAUAAAACAGAUUGAUUAGAAUUUAUUUUUGUAAUUAAUAAAUGAUUUUGAC